CUGUGGUCAGGACAACAUGAGAGGAUAUGAGAUGGGUUUUGAGUCUGGCCAUAAGGUGUUUUGGGCUUUAGCAGCCACUGCGCCAAGUGCUAUUGCAGCUGCCUAGAGGCUAAUCUAAGUCCCAUAUGGGGGCCUCAGCUAACAACAUGGUCCCUAGGGCCAAGUUUCAAAUACCCCUGCCUACUGUCACAGCCCUCCCCCAACCCACGGCCUCCCUGGAGCCCCAGCCACUCAGGACCUGGCCCUGCCGGGUUCCCCCAGGCCUGGUCGUUCCCACAGACGUCCCAGGAGCGCGUUCCCGCGGGUCCAGCGGUCGCUAGGCUGCAGGCUGGGGCCCAGGCCCUCUCCGCUGAGCUGGCAGAGAGUGGUGCAGGUGGUAGCGCAUGGCGGCCGAGCCCGGGCGCUCGUGGACUCAGGCGCGCAAUGCGUACGGCGCUAGAGAGGCGCUGAGGCGAGGCGUGGGCCGCCGGCUGGACCCCGGCUCGCAGCCCAAUGGGCUGGUCCCCGAAGAUGUCCGCGCCUCGGGCCGCCUGGCUCGCCUGCGUGGCCAGCUGCGGGCCGAGGCGGCCGGGCGAGCCGAGGCUCCUCGACUGCUACGGUUAGUGGAACGCGCGGGUGCGCGAGCCGGGGCGGCGGGGACCAGCGAGAGGAGCGAGGCGCGCAGCGGGGGUUCCGUGUGCUCCGUGUGCGGGGAGCCACGCGGCGGCGCCACCUACCCCGCCGGCGUCCUGGAGGUGAGCGAGCGGCGGUUGCAGGAGGGGCUGGCGGCCGUGCGUGCCGAGGUGGGCGCGGGGCUCGAGGCGCUGCGCGCGGAGCUGCGGGCCGAGCUGGACGCCCUGCGUGCUCUGCUGCCGCCGCCGCCGCCACCACCCGCCCGCCGGGAGCCCCGUGGUCCAGCCCUGCUGCGGGCGCUUGGCACCGUGAACGCGUUGGUUUCGGCCUCGAGGACCGCGGAGAACGGUCCGGAUGCCCCCGCCGACGGCCUGGCAACCCGAGCCACGGCCCGGAAGAACCACAAGAAAACCCCAGUGCCUUCAGCGGCUGUUCAGGGCGGAGGAGAUUGAAGGGCUCCGGUGUACCCAGAAGAGGGCAAACUGGCUGACAUGCUAUCCUGUAACACUCCCCAGAUGCCGCCAAUGAUGCUCCAUUAUUUAAAGGGUGGGCGGCAGAGGCUGCAUAGAUGGCUUUGCGCUAUGGGUAAUUGCCGCCUGGGACUGAGGAUGCUGCUGUAGAGCCCCUUUUAGCCUUGAAGCUAGGGGAAAAUCUGGACCAGAUUGCGACUGACUGCCUGGAGGGGCUGGAGGCAAAUGGUUGCACUUUCGUGCAGUACCUCCAUGCAUGCACCAGAAUAGUGUCAACUGUGUACCGUGUAACAGACUUGAGGGAUGUAGGUAGCAGAGACAGUGCCAUUCUGAAUGGCAUGAACUGGACAUCAGCUUGCUAGCCACCACCACUCCACUGAUAAUGGGGCCCACCCUC